UUAGGUGGAGGUGCGAGCGAACCGUUUGAGAAGUUGGCGGGUGGGCGUGUCCACCACGCAGGACUUCUCCCCGAGGGAGGCCGAGCGAGGAGACGGCUGCUUUCGGGGAAAAAACAAAAACCCCAAACCGGAGCCUCAGCCGCCCGGCUGAAAAGCUCCUCUCUGCCGGAGGAGCGACUGCGAGACAGAGGCGGGGAAGAGCACCGUGGGGGGGGGGGCUGUUCCCCACGUGGCGCUGACGCUGAGCCACUGAACCGCCGAGCCGAUCGGGGGCUAUAAAGUGAACUGGGAGCCCAGAAGGGCUGAGCUUCAGUCAGAGAGCGAGGGCUGCCUUCCUGGAGGAGGAGGAGGAGGAGACGACGACGACUUUGCACCCCGUUUCCAACCCUGAGCCCUUAAAACCUUCUCCGUUUGCGGUCGUUGGUAUCCGUAGAGGAGCGGCGCCCUUUUGAGAGUGUGAGGCGGGGACCCUCCGCUGCCUCCUGGCGUUUCUUCGCGCGGUUUAUUGGCGAGAACGGCGCCCUUCGUCGCCUCCAUGCGGGGGCAGCUCCGCCAGGAGAAGCCAGGCUCCCUCUCCGCCGCCUGCCUCCGGCGGAGGUCCCGUCCUCGCCUUUUCUCUCGCGGGGUGAAGGUAAGAAGCAACUUUUGACUCCCGCUCCGCCUGCCUCGAAUGGACUCUUGAGGAGCCCCCCCCCCGCACCCUCCCGUCUCGGCUGGACUUUGUAGGGAAAAUCAGGGACAGUGGGGGAAGGUAGGAAGGAGAGACCCGGUCGCCGAUGACUGAAACGGAGGCGGAGGGCAGUUAUGGAAGCUGAGCCAAGCCGCUUCUCUUGCUCCUGAUUGGAAUCGGUGGCUUUUCGGUGCCUGCAGAAAGGACCAACCCCCUUGGAGACAGGUGCGGGAUCCUCCUCCUCCUCCUCGCAGGGUGUGCCUGUCUUAAGUGACGUCCAUGAAGCUGGGUUAAUGUUGAAGCUGAAGAGCCCGUACCCAGAGCAAGGGGGAUUCGCUUCCCUGGCCCACCUACCCUCUUUCCAGCUGGAGCACAGCUACCCACAGCACAUGGAUGGCAAUGGGAGCUUGAAUGGAAGUGAGGGCGGGCAGAAAGAGGGCCUUCCUUACCCCUUGCCCACUACCUUAGCCCUCAUCUUCCUGGCCACGCUGCUCAUGAUCGUCACCAUCUUUGGCAACGUAUUAGUCAUCAUUGCUGUCUUCACCAGCCGGAUGCUGAAGGCCCCUCAGAACCUCUUUUUGGUUUCCUUGGCCUCAGCAGACAUCCUGGUGGCCACCUUGGUCAUUCCCUUUUCUCUUGCCAAUGAGGUGAUGGCCCAGUGGUAUUUUGGCAAGGUGUGGUGCGAGAUCUACCUGGCUUUGGAUGUACUCUUCUGCACCUCUUCCAUUGUGCAUCUCUGUGCCAUCAGCUUGGAUCGCUACUGGUCCAUUACACAGGCCAUUGAGUACAACCUCAAGCGCACACCACGCCGUAUCAAAAGUAUCAUCUUCCUGGUUUGGGUCAUCUCCGCGGUCAUCUCUUUCCCACCACUUAUCUCCAUUAUGAAACAGGGUGAGCCUGAGAGUCAGCUCCACGAACAAACAGAAUUGAAACCUGAGAACAAAUUGCUCAGCUGCAGUAUCAACAAGGAGACCUGGUACAUCAUCUGUUCCAGCAUAGGCUCCUUCUUUGCUCCUUGCCUUAUCAUGAUCCUGGUCUAUAUCCGUAUCUACCAGAUUGCAAAAAGGAGGUCUCGAGUUCCUCUCAACAAGCAAGGGGAGACUGUAGAGAGCAGACAGAAUGGGUUAGAUAACAAAGACGAUACGCCUGCGAUAACCAAGCUCAAUGGAGGGAAGACAGCAUUGGCAGGAGGAAACCAGGAAUCAGAAGCCAAUGGUAUAGACCUGGAGGACACAUCAUCUUCAGAGCACAAUGGCACUCCUCAGCCUAGGAAAGCAGAAAGGCUUCCCAGAAGUAAGGGCAAAACCAAACUCUGCCAGAUUAAGCCUGGGGACCAUUUGCCUAAUCAAGUAGAAGAGGAUAGGAAUGCCAAAGCUUCACGAUGGAGGGGGAGACAGAACCGAGAAAAGCGCUUCACCUUCGUACUUGCAGUAGUGAUUGGAGUUUUCGUUGUCUGCUGGUUUCCUUUCUUCUUCACUUACACAUUGACUGCUGUUUGUAGGAGAUGCAAUGUUCCCGAUACCCUCUUCAAAUUCUUCUUCUGGUUUGGUUAUUGCAAUAGUUCCCUGAAUCCUGUCAUCUAUACUAUCUUCAACCAUGACUUUAGGAGGUCCUUUAAAAAAAUUCUCUGCAGAAUAAACCGGAAAAGAAUUGGGUGAAGCGGGGAUCUGCAAGGCAAGUCUUAGGUUCAGCUCUGGUGGGAUAUUGGAAGUGGGUGGCACCUUGUCUAAUUACUGAACAUUGACUGAAGGCUUCAGGUGAGAUAAAACAAUUAAAAUAUUAGUGUGCAACCAGAACCCAAGAAGAUAUGUGCCCAGGGAUGGAUCAAAAUUCUUAUUUUAGUGUGUUCUUUCUAUGUAUUUCAGCACAUUGAACAAAUGAGGCUGGGAAAGGAAAAUAGGCACAGAAUGUCUACCAGCAGUUCAAAAACAUUUAUCGUCAAGGUGGAAAGAUCUGACACUAUCCACCAUGGAUGAAUGGUUGGUGAAAUUGACAAAACUUGCUGAUGUAGCCAAAAUGACUUUGAUUAAAGAAAUAACUGCAGAAAAAAUAAUUGCUACCAACCUGCCUUCCAUUGAGGACCUAUAUACUGCAUGAAUCAAGAAGAGGGCCGUGAAAAUAUUUACAGAUCCCUCACAUCCAGGACAUAAACUGUUUCAACUCCUACCCUCAAAACGACGCUAUAGAGCACUGCACACCAGAACAACUAGACACAAGAACAGUUUUUUCCCGAAGGCCAUCACUCUGCUAAACAAAUAAUUCCCUCAACACUGUCAAACUAUUUACUAAAUCUGCACUACUAUUAAUCUUCUCAUCGUUUUCAUCACCAAUCUCUUUCCACUUAUGACUGUAUGACUGUAACUUUGUUGCUGGCAAUCCUUAUUAUUUAUAUUGAUAUAUUGAUCAUCAUUUGUGUUGUAAAUGUUGUACCUUGAUGAAGGUAUCUUUUCUUUUACGUACACUGAGAGCAUAUGCACCAAGACAAAUUCCUUGUGUGUCCAAUCACACUUCGCCAAUAAAAAAUUCUAUUCUAUUCUAA